CACCGCUCACUGCUUCUACGUCCAGGGCUCUACGUGUAGAGUGCAGGGGAUGGAUUUCCGCGCAGGUCGAUGCUCCGAUGGGUCGAGAGAUCCUGCCACGAUCUGUGAGGCGUCGACUGCUCCCUUGAUUCGCAAGGGAGAUAUGGUAGUUUUCUUCGAAGGCCGCGAACCCAUUGGCUUCGACCGCAUGAAGGCCAAGACCAUCUGGCAAUGCCGGCACGGGGCAUUUCACCACGAUGAGAUAAUCGGCAAGCCUUUUGGAUCCAGGGUAUUCUCCCGCACCACGAAGGGCUACGUGUACGCCUUGUCGCCAACGCCGGAGCUCUGGUCCCACGUCGUGCCCAAUCGCACGCAGAUCGUGCAGGACUUCGACCAGAGCAUCGUGAUUUUUCGCCUUGACCUGAAGCCGGGGGAUACCGUGGUAGAGUCGGGCACAGGCAGCGGGGUCAUGUCGACGGCAAUCAUGCGCACCAUCGCGCCGUCUGGCUUUUUACACUCCUUCGAAUUCAACGAGUUCAGGGCUACAAGGGCCCAGGAAGAGUUCGAAGAGAACGCGCUGGGCGGCCUCGUGAAGGCCGUGCAUCGAGACGUCUGCGCCUCGAGGGGUGACGGCGGCGGUUUCGGCGAAGAGCUGGACGGCAAGGCGGACGCCGUAUUUCUCGACCUCCCGGAGCCCUGGCUGGCCGUGGCGCACGCCAAGAUGACCCUCAAGCCCGGCAAGAAGCUCUGCUCCUACUCACCGUGCAUCGAACAGGUGAUGAAGACCUGCGAGGCUCUCCGCUCGGAAGGCUUUAACUCGGUUUCUACCAUCGAGUUUCGCCUCCGCAACAUCAACUACGCUGAAGUGCAGCUGGACGUGCCCGACUUCGGAUCCAAUGAAGCAGCAGCAGCAGCAGCAGCAGCAGCAGCAGCAUCCAUCGUUUCCAAAUUGCCGGCUGCUUCUGCAGCCACCGAUCACGACGGCAGCAGUAGCAAUAGCGCAGUAGUAGGCGGUAGGGUGCAUGGAGAAGUGGACGGGAAACCCACAGGAGCUGUGACAGUCGAACUAAAAACCGAUGAUGGCGAUAACGGUGUUCCUCCAACAGUGGUGGAAGAGAAAGGAGCAGGUAAUAUUUCGGCGCAAGACGGCGCCAAGGUCAGCAGCCAGGAAGAGGCAUCGGGGGUGGGCGAGAACGGCGUUACGGCAAAGGGUUGCCACGUCAACCCCAGAGAUGCCGCUGCUCCGAGAAGUGAAGGUAUGAAGCCGAUGGAGGGCGACCAAGCGGCUGUGCCGGACUCAAAGAAGCGGCCGCGAGAACAAGGGGGCGGGAGCGGUACCGCAACGCCCGGAGUCGACGAUGGGGCGUCAAGAACGGGGCGCGGGCGGAAUGAGCGGCUUCAACCCAAGGCUGCGAUACGUGCCGCGGAAGCGGCGGCGGAGAAGGUGGGGGGCGCGCGGAAGCCCCCCCUCAAGCUCGUGUGCGCCCAGCCGUUCCCGUUGAUGCGGGGGCACACUGCUUUCCUUACGUUCGCCACCGCCCCAGUUUCGCGGCAGUUGGGGACGGCAUCGACAGCGAAAGCAACGGCAGGAGCUGCAGGAGCAACAUCUGACGGGGUAGAAGACGGCAGCGAAGACGGACAUAAGGCCAGUAUAGUGGGCGACGCAGAAAGCGCACCGAAUCGCAGCGAGGGUUACCCUAGCGGCGGCGGCAGUGGCAGUGGCGACAGAAUGGACGUGUGCGAGGAAGGGAUCGACGGGAAGGGCAAGGGCAAGGGCAAGGGUACUGGCGUAGACAAGACCGAAAACUCCCCGGGACCAUCCGCAUCCGGUGAAGUACAGGAAACGCUUGACUCGUCCUCAGCAGCUGGACGAUAGCAACGGUGUUUGAAGUAACGGAGCAAUGAGGGCACGUUGGUCUUUCAGGGGAAAAUAUAUGGUUUCAACCCUUGCGUCUCCGUCCUCAGGUUCCUCUGGCGGAAGGCCGCAGAAGACUCGAAAUAUCAGCCCAGACUAGGAUGGCAGAGUGCACUUGCAGAAGCUAGUGUUAGUGUGAUCACUUCGCAUCGAUUGCGCUUGCAGCCCGUUGACCACCGGAAAGACGCUGGGCCUUACUUAGCGGGUGAAAACCAUGGUCUGUAGAAGGGGACCAGAAUUCGAAGAACGACCCAAACCCUGGGUGCUCGAGUGUUGUCGCCUCUCCACGUUCCCCUACCGGAGAAAUUUUCAGUGGUUUAUGUGAACACGUCUAUUUGGGGUUAUCGGGCUGCCCAAUGAAAGACACAAAAGAUC